GCCGCAGAAUUGCAAAAAUGUAUCCAGCCGCCUGAUCUCACCUUGACAGUUGCUACGCUUUCCGUUCGGUAGCCCCCUAACAGCGAGAUUCCGGGAUGAACCGGACCAGGCAUGUGAAAAUUAUGUCGGCACUAACCGUCAAGCAGCGCUUUUACAUAUCGACCCACACGAUUGAAAGGUGCGCCGUGCAACUUGCAUUUUCGACGUCGUUCGGCCGUUGGGGAGGAAAUUAUCGUCCGUUUUUGUCACUGUCAAUGAAAAGUCAUGGUCCGAGACAAAUUCAAGCGCAAGGCAAAUACUCUCUGAAGCUCUUCUGCGGUCUCAUUGGAUGCAUCGCGGUGUUAUCCAAUGUGUCACUACAUCAAUUUCUCUUCACUUCGCCCGAUCGGCUGCUAACGGACAGAGAAUGGGCUUUGGAGAGUCGGAUGCAGCGGCUUGAAAUACAACUUAACCACACGCAGUCCCUUCUGCAAAAGCAAGUCUACAAGGCACACGGAAUAUCCUACGAUAACAAGUUGGAUGUGUUCUGGUUGCACAUUCAAAAGACGGGAACUUCCUUUUUCAAUACUUUAUAUCUGAACUUGUGUCCCCGUAUCCUUUCCGAGCACCCUGAGGUACUGCACGGCAAACUCGUGGACACCCGUCUGGUUGCCAGGUUUCCACCUUCCGAGUGGUGUGAGGCAACUAUCCUCAACAUGCCAUGUCCGGGAUGCCACAGACCAUACAGAAUGAGCCGACGCCCUUUUACGACCUUUACUAUGUUCCGGGAUCCGUUGGAAAGGCUUCAGAGUGCUUAUGCGUUCAAUCGCCACGGUAGCCAGUUGAAGAAUCAGAACGUUUCGUUUGACGUAUACGUCAAUGAACCUCAGAUUCCGAAUUGUCAAAUUAAAAUGGUUUUGGGACAUAGAUGCUUCAAAGAUGUGAACAUUAUCGAGCUAAAUUUGAACAAGGCGAUACGAAGGAUCAAACGACCCAACUUUUUUUUCGGCGUAACGGAUCGCUGGGCUGAGAGCAUGUGUCUUUUCCAUCAAUGGUAUGGUGGGAGUUCGCAGCCGUUCGAAAUGCGCAACAACCGUCCGACUUUCCGAGAACCACUCAACCGCACCAUCAACUACCACGAUCUCGACACAGAACUAUUCGCGCGAGCCGUUGAGAUCUUCGAUCGGAGACUCAUUGAAGCAGGAUGCUUGAUGAGGCGAAAUUCAAUCGAACAGAGUGAGACUAUUGAUAUACUUCCUAGUGCUUUCUCCAAGGCAAAAUGGGGAUGAGAAUCUGAUGUUUACCCGUGAUCUUGGUAACUUUUCAGUUUCUGCAAGGGGCGAGUGGCUUAGACGUGAGAUAAGUCUACCCGAAAAAUAUUGCUGACUGUGAGUACUGUAAAUUCAACAGCGACCUGUUCUGCCUUUUUUGGGAACAUCUUUUACCAAAGUGUCGAGGUAGCUUUGAACGUACUUUGCACUUAUAAGGUCUUGCUUAGGAUUCAGAGCAUCCUGCUAUCGCUAUAUACAUCGUCAGACACAAUCGACAUCUUGUCCUGCAAAGGCGAUUCUAUUAGAGUAGCUUCUACUAUUAAUGCGCUUUCUCAUAAUC